AUGUCGUCGGCCGCAGUAUCGGGUCUUGGGGAUUCCAGUUUUGUAUCGGAGGGCUAUACUGUGGGACUCAACUUGCAGUCCCAAGCCUCUGACUACAGUACCAGUUUCGUCGCGUUGGUAGCUCCCACAAUCACCGAGCAGCAGCCCAGCUUUUCAGUUGACGUUUCUGGUUGGAAAAUUCCGCCGAAUUUACCAUUGGCAGAUCCGCAGUUCUUCAGGCCACAGCGUAUUGACCUGCUCAUUGGGGCUAGCCUAUUCUUCGAGCUGCUGUGCAUUGGCCAAAUCAAAUUGGAUGUUGGCUUGCCAUCGCUUCAGAAGACUCGCCUUGGAUGGGUGGUUUCAGGAGGUGGUCAGCAAACGCGUAGGACAGCCUUACUUGAGGCUCAGGCCUCAUCUGACGCCAGGCAGGAGUCUCUUGAUCAAGUGGAACUGUUACUGAGGCGUUUCUGGGAGGUUGAAAGUUCCACUGAAGAUUCGGUGAUGGUCAAGCAGGAGGAUGUCGAUUGUGAAGAUCACUUCAAAGCAAAUUUCUCGCGCCUGUCAUCUGGAGAGUUUGCCGUGAAGCUGCCCAUCAAGAAAAGUUUGGAGAUCUUGGCAGUCUCAUACACGCAAGCAUAUCGGCGGUUCCUCAACUUGGAGCGGAAACUUGAGCGUCGUCCGCAGCUGAAGGCUCAGUACGCAUCUUUCAUUAGGGAGUACCAAGAGCUUAAUCAUAUGUCGUUGGUGGAAUCAGAACUGCUCAGUCGUUGUCGCUAUUUUCUACCGCAUCAUUGCGUGUUUAAGGAGGACAGUACGACCACCAAAUUGCGGGUCGUGUUCGAUGGAUCUGCCACAACAUCAACAGGUUUUUCGUUAAACGAGGUCCUAAUGGCGGGGCCUACUAUCCAGCCAAAGCUGCUACAUACGCUGCUUCGUUUUCGUACGUUCCUCAUUGCGCUGACUGGUGACAUUUGCAAGAUGUACAGGUGUGUCCGAGUAUCUGAGCCGGACAAUUACCUGCAGUGCAUCUUAUGGAGGGAUUCCCCUAACGAGGAUGUGAAGGCGUUCAAGCUCGACACAGUAACAUAUGGGACCAAACCGGCUUCCUAUCUUGCAAUUCGUUCCAUGCUCCAAUUGGCAGAAGAAGAGAGGACUGCAUUUCCCAUUGGCUCGGAAGUGUUGACCUCCAACUUCUAUGUCGACGAUUUGAUGACUGGAGGAGGAUCUGUAGAGGAAGUACGCGAAAAGAUGAGGCAGACAUCCUAG